AUGAAAAGUACAAAAGAGGCAUUUAUUGAUUCGAAAUUUCAAGAAGAAGCUGUCAUCGUAGUUGAUGAAAAAAUCUAUCGAAAUUGUGUACAAGUUAAAUAUGAACACGCAACAGAUUUUGAGAGGAUACUAAUAUAUCCAGGGGAAUUUCAUCUUAUGAAAUGUUAUAUGUCUGUUAUAUGGGACGUUUUGGAUCAAUCUGGCAUCGAUGAUCGGUUAGGUUAUGUGUAUAAGGGGGCAGCAUUAAGAGCCAUAUUAAACGUAUCGCAUUUUAACAAAUCUUUGCGAGCUGUGAAAAUGAUCCACACAUCCUUAACAAUAUUAGUAAUAACAGAAUUUUUACACACAUUGCCAACAUCCAUCAUUAAUGACCUUCUUGAAAAAAUUAUGUGUGAAAUACCAGUUGAUUACACAGAAAAUAGAAGAAAACAACAAUGGUUCGAGAAUGUGAUUAACUGGCUUGAUUCAGUAAAACUUAACAACUUGUUUGAUUAUUGGAAAAGGGAACAAUGUCGUGAAAAUAUUAAAUUUCAUUUUUGGCAUUUUAUUUUAUAUGAAUUAAUCGUUGUUGAUCCAACGAUAAUAAACGUCCAAUAUCAUUAG